GCACUAUCGUUCACACUCCAACGUGAUCAUUGUACCUGAGUCUGCGAUGAGAAUCAUGAUACUUCUGGUAUUGAUGUGUGGAUUUGCCUCUCUGGUUGACGGCUCGGUUAAGCUGAGGCGCGCGGCAGCUUCACCUGUUUCAUAUCCAUCGGGUUGUACCGGUGCUCACCAGCCGGCCUCUGAAGGCUUCUGUGCUGUAGGCACUAUAGACCAAUCAGAUGUGUUCAAGCUGAAUAUGACUGUCUAUAUCUUCGAUAUUGACGAUCCCACCAAGUCUGUAUAUUUCCAUAUCGAAUCGGCCACCAAUGGUGGUGAGCCGGCCGGCCUCAAUAUCACCGGUGGAGGCCGCGCCAAGGUGUAUGGAGUGGACAUUGGGCCCAUUGUCUUCGCGGGGUCUAUAAGCGCUGUUACAGUAGGAGAUGGUAGAGGGAAGUACGACCCUUCAACUUCCACAUGGACUGCUGGCAUCGAUGUGCAAACGGAAUACGAACGGUAUGCUUUCGGGAAACGUACUUUUGAUGCGUUUAUUUCUAAGGUGGCCACGGCCCGUAAUAGCUUGAACGACGGCGUCGGUCUCGGUGCGGUGCUCGGAGAAAAAUGGGGAAACUCCAUUUUUGGCUCGAGCAUCACCGUGACUCUCAAUCUGAAUUCCAAGAUGAGUGACAUGUAUACUUGGGAUCUCUAUGUUGAGUAUCAAUUUAGUAUGUGGGCACCGCUCUCGCCACCUAUUAUAUACGGCACCGAGUUGAAAAGGACCUUCAAAUUGUCAGUACAUUAGCCGCAACAACCGCUGGCAGUUACAAUGAAGGAGUAAGGGUUCUACAUUUGCCGAUUUGACUGGUUUGUAGAACUAUCUCAUAAGCUGUUUUGAAGAUGUAUUUUUAAUCUUGUUGUAGAACAUCGAAAGUUCAUUCAUUUUC